AUGGCUCCGUCGGCUUCUUUUCUUGUGCAGUCACAACCCUCGUGGCUCGAGGCUGAGACCCAUCGUCCACGACUUGAUUCGUUUCCUCCAGCCACUCAAAUUCACCUUCAUGAUAUUCGCCGACAUACAGAUGAUGAAGGGUUAGUGACUCAAAUUGCAACUGGCCUCAAGUCUGAGGAGAAGUCACUGCCGUCUCUACUUCUGUGGAAUAAACGUGGCUUGGAGCUUUUCGAUGCUAUCCUGGACUCUGGAAAAUACUAUCCAGCAGUAAAAGAGCCAGAGUUGCUCUCCACAUGUAUGCCUAAGAUUGCACAUAGCAUUCCUUCGGGUGGAAGAGUCAUCGAGCUUGGUGCUGGAAACAUGAGAAAAACUGCAUUCCUUCUCCGGAACCUGGAAAUGCAACACAAGCACGUGGAAUAUUUUGCGUUGGACGUUAGUCAUUCCUCUCUCCGGUCCAGUAUUCGGGAACUGUUAGAGCUAUUUCCCUGGAACCCGAUGACCAAGAUCCAAGGUCUACUGGGGACAUACGAGGAUUGUAUUUCUUGGCUCCAUAGCCAAGGUGACCAGAAGAGCCCAGUAACGCUCUUGUGGCUUGGUAACAGUAUUGCCAACUUUACAUCUAGCGAAGCAUCGGAUCUCAUUGCACGCUUUUUCACUGCUGGUCAAGCAUCCUCCGUUCCUGUCCAGAUGAUUGCGGGUAUAGACGGUUGUCAAAGUGAGGAUGAGAUUGUUGAAUCCUACGAGAGCGAAAAGUCAAGCGAUUUCGUUCUUAAUGGAUUGGAAUAUGCAAAUAGCCUUCUAGGCACGGAAACAUUCUUGGCCGAAGAUUGGGGGUUUUGUGGUGAGUGGAACAUGAAGAAGUCGAUGCAUGAAAGCUUCUACGUUGCUCAACGCAAAAUCUAUCUCGAGAUUGAGGAAGAGCAAUUCCAAUUUAGACCCGGGGAGCGAGUUCGUGCCAUCCAAAGCGGAAAGUGGCCCCAGGACAAAGUAUCGGAUAUCUGUGCUGCAGCAAAAACAUCGAUUGUCAACACUUGGAGUAACCAGGAUGGAUCUUACGGGGUGUACUUAAUAAAGAACGCGUUUAAUUAA